AUGCCUCGCAUCACCAAAUUCAAGAAACCAAAGCUGAAUCGUUCUCGGUAUAAUGAACAUCAAACAUUGGAGGAGAAUAACCACCCGAAUGAAGAUGAUGGCUCAUCUCAACAACAAGAACUUGAGGACCUUUCACCCACUACGAGAGCUGUUCAAAUAAGCCCCAAAGAUGUGGAUUCCAUUGUGAUGAAUGUCAUUCAAAAGUUUGAAUGGAAAGUUAAAUUGGAGUUAUGGGAAGGUAAAUGGAAAGAGGAGUGCCACCAACAAGGCAUUUCCAAAGCCUCUGUGGAUGUUGCUUUUGAGAUUCUUCGUGAUAUUGUUCAUCAAGGAAGAGGAGCAAAGGAUUGUUGUGGUUGUUGUGGAGCUAAUCCUCACCCAAUGAAAGACGAUGAUAACUAUGGUGAUGAAGAAGAUCCAGAAUAUGUCGAUUCCGAGGACGAAACAGAAGAGGAAGAAAACACUCGUAUGAAUCAUUUCGGUGGCUAUGACGAUGACGAGGAGGUGAGAUAUUCUCGUUCUACUCGCUUUUGUGAAUGUCCAUGUCAACGUUGCGCAUACAAGCCACCAGCUUUCUCAGGAGAGGCCGUAAUUGAAGAUGACAUUAUUCCACCAGAGUUGAAAGAAAGACUCAAGACUCAAAUGUCGCGUUUGGAGAAUGUUCCAGAGGAUAAGAAAGAUUGGCACCCAGGAUCGAAUCAUCAAGUCUUGGAUCUCAUUCAUCCUUCUUUAUAUUGUUUUGUAGAGAAUGUGAGUGUGAGUAAUAAAGAAAUGGAGAAAGAAGAGGAAAAGCCAAAAACUCAUUGGUGGAGACCACAACUAGAGGAAAAACCAAAAACAAAUAGAUGCCAAUGGCUUCCAGCUGAAUUUGAAAUUGAAGAUGACAAGGUAACAAGAAUUUCUUCAUACAUUAAUAAUUUGGAUGAAAUCGAUCACAAAGAUUUAUAUCAAACAAUUCAAGAAAUUUUCUCCAACUUUCUUCCACUCUUGAGCAGUGUCAUUAACUUUAACGAUAGACUACAAGUAAUUGUGAAAGCAGCAAAUAUUAUUGUUUCACCUGACAAACCAUUUUAUAGUGGUGGAACAUUUCAUACUGAAGGAAUGGAAUAUGAGCAUAUUGCCGCUACAUGUAUUUACUAUUAUCAAUCAGAGAAUGUGAAAGAUAGUUAUUUGGAAUUUAGAGAAAGCAUCUCAGAGCCAUAUUAUUAUGGUCAAGAUAAUGUGAAGCAAUGCUAUGAUAUGUAUGGUCUUCAUGACGGAGAUCUUCAAUUUAGAAGUUUAGGAGCAAUUGAAACCAAAGAAAAUAGAUGCAUUGUGUUUCCAAACACAGCUCAGCACCGAGUUAGGCAUUUCUUUCCCGAAAAUCCAUUACUUCCAGCCGUUCGAAAAAUUUUGGUUUUCUUUGUUGUGGAUCCAAAUCACCCAAUUAUUUCAACUCAAAAUGUUGACAUUCAAAGAAUGGAUUUUCUUAUCAACAAGUAUUUUAUUCUAAACAAACUUCUUCCAUUCCACAUGGUUCACAAGAUUCUAUCAUUCUUGCCCCAUUUUACAAGAGCUGAGGCAUUGAAGUACCGAGAAGAUUUAAUGAACCAGAGAAAAUUUUUCGUCAACGAACAGAAUGAGGAAGUGGAGAGGGAAUUUUCUUUGUGCGAACAUUAG